CUACAACCUCAGCCAGAUCAUACCACAUAUGAAGCUCCUUCAAGCCAUACAUUUUCACCGAACGGUUUACAAGAUAAUUCCUCUGAAGAUAUUUUACCAAUUAUACCUAAUGAUUCUUCAGAUGUUUUGUCAUGGAGUCCCCCUUCACCAUCUUCCACAGAAUCAGCAGAAACUAUCUCCCUAGUAGAGACUACUCUGCAUAUAAGCCCCGAUGGUAUGACCUCCAGCAAGCCUGAAGUGCCACCAUCCCCAUCUAUAGUUUCACUCCUGACUACAAUGAUGGUGCACAUUCCAGACUCGAAUAAUGAAGGAAGCACAUAUCCUCAUCUAAGUGAAGACAGAACUAAAGGUUUAAAUACAACCUAUAGUAAUCAGUCCAUCGCAUCAGCUAUGGGAGAUGAUCUACAGAGGAGUCAUUGGAGGGUCGGAAACUGGACUGAGUGUUCCACCUCCUGUGGUCUUGGUGCGAUGUGGCGCUCAGUUGUGUGCACAGCGAGAGGUAAUAACACAUGUGACGUCAGC